CUGUUGGAAAAGUAAACCAAUGACAGCUCGUUUUAGUGGAAACGGGCCGUAUGAUUGGUGCAUUAGCCGGACGUAUUAAGGCACCAUACCAGAGUUUCUUUGUCCCGCUCAGGAUGUACAGUUUGUUAGUUCUGGCUACAAACGUAUACAUGUUCAUUUAUGAAAAAUGUCUGAAGAAGUAUAUUGGAAACCGAAUUGAGCUAGAAGGCCCAAUUAAAAGUCGAUAUCGCAAGUUUAUAGAUUUACCGACCAAAGAAGCGAUAGACAAGGCUACCGCCGACAAGUUUCGUAGACUUAGUAAGACAAUGGCAGAUUUACAUCAAGAUUACGACGAUCGUUCCUUCGCGUAUAUCGAUACCGAUCAGUUGAAAUUUAUGAAACCUCGUAAACAUAAUUAUCCGCUUCCUAAACCUUGGUAAACGGUAUCUUAAAUAUUGUAUUUUGCAGUUUUUUCAAUGUAAUUAAAAUUAUUAAUUUUAAUUUGACAAAAAAACGUUUUCGAUAUAUUUAAUAACUAAUUAAUUAGGCGAAUGUAAAACGAAACAAGCGAGAAAUAGUGUCGAAUGGCUCUUUACGACGAAUUCUCAUAAAUUUGAUGUUAUAAAUUUAACUUUCUGGUUGUAAAUCGAGGAUUUAGUGGUUGUUUCUAGACUAGAAAUAAUCUCUUCCUAGUU